CAUUUUGUCGGUCGCCGCUGCCGGGGCUGUGGGUGUUGCUGCGACUCCUCCUGCGCUGAGGCGGCCGAGCGAGGGCGAGCGGAGGAGAAGCCGGGAGGUGGGACAGCGAGAAGGGGGCUCGGGAGCGGGGAGCCGCGGAGGUCCAGCGGGCUCGGCCCCCUCCUUCCGUCCCUCCCCGGCGCGGAGAGGCGAUGGCGGAUAUUGACAAGCUCAACAUCGACAGCAUCAUCCAACGGCUGCUCGAGGUGAGAGGAUCAAAACCAGGUAAAAAUGUCCAACUUCAAGAGAAUGAAAUAAGAGGAUUGUGCUUGAAAUCUCGUGAGAUCUUCUUAAGUCAGCCCAUUCUUUUAGAACUUGAAGCACCACUUAAAAUAUGCGGUGAUAUCCAUGGACAAUACUAUGACUUACUUCGACUCUUUGAAUACGGAGGCUUCCCACCAGAAAGCAACUAUCUCUUCCUUGGUGAUUAUGUUGAUAGAGGGAAGCAGUCUUUAGAAACCAUUUGCCUCUUACUGGCUUACAAGAUCAAAUAUCCAGAGAAUUUUUUCCUCCUUAGAGGGAACCAUGAAUGUGCCAGUAUUAAUAGAAUUUAUGGCUUCUAUGAUGAAUGUAAAAGAAGGUACAAUAUAAAGCUGUGGAAAACCUUUACAGACUGCUUUAACUGCCUACCAAUUGCAGCCAUUGUGGAUGAGAAAAUAUUUUGCUGUCAUGGAGGCUUAUCACCAGAUCUCCAGUCAAUGGAGCAGAUUCGACGAAUUAUGCGCCCCACUGAUGUGCCAGAUCAGGGCCUCCUGUGUGAUCUACUGUGGUCUGACCCUGACAAGGAUGUCUUGGGAUGGGGUGAAAACGACAGAGGCGUCUCUUUCACGUUUGGUGCUGAAGUGGUUGCGAAGUUCCUUCACAAACAUGAUCUGGAUCUCAUAUGCAGAGCUCACCAGGUGGUUGAAGAUGGGUACGAGUUCUUUGCAAAGCGACAGCUGGUGACCCUGUUUUCUGCCCCCAAUUACUGUGGGGAGUUUGACAAUGCAGGGGCCAUGAUGAGUGUUGAUGAGACCCUGAUGUGUUCCUUUCAGAUCUUGAAGCCUGCCGAGAAGAAGAAGCCCAACGCUAGCCGACCUGUAACGCCACCCAGGGGUAUGAUCACAAAACAAGCAAAGAAAUAAUUAUCGCGGCACUGCCUAGUUGGGACUUGUAUUAUAGUAUAUAAUCUCCAUUUUUUUAAAAAAAAUAUGGUAACCUGUAUCGGUCAGCUUGCUAAGACUAGAUUAAAGUGUUCUGUGUUUUUGUUUAUUUUUAUUUUUUUUCAUUUUUGAUGGAUGGCAUUUGCUGGUUGUAACAGCAAAUGAAACUUUCUCCCUUCUCAAGAAGAGUUUUCCGAAUUCUGUAUUCCUUUGGAGAGAGCCCCCCCUUCCCAUGCGCCCAUCCGCCCGUCCUUGUUGGUGUUCCAGCUGUACCCUCCGCAGCAACGUCUCCUAUCAUUCCGGGCACUGUACACCUGACUCCUUGAACCUUUACGUACCUGGCGGAGUGUGGUGCCCGCAUUUCUUUUAGGACCUAAAGAUGCACUUAGCGUGCCACAGAGCUAGGAAACUUGUUACUGUCAAACUACAUACUGUUUAUCCAAACCACUGUGAACGUCUUUAAAACAGUUUAAAUAAAAUAAAGGGAUUGGUUUUUUCCUUGUCAUGUACAUUCGAGUAACGUUGCUGUCAGCGUUUUUGAAACCACUCUUGACCUUCGCCAGUCUCACUGGUGUGUGUACAUAUAUUUUAAUGCAGGCACACUUUUUUCCUUCCGUAUACUUCGAAAAAGAUAUUAAAGCCAUUAUUUUAAAGGAUUGUCUGUCUCUUCAUGAAGCGAAAACAUGAAGGGGGAACUUGGCAUUGGUGCUGUCUAAGUCAGGUUUUUUCCCCUUGCAGAUCAAAGGAAGACUUGAACUAGGAAAAAAAAAGUAAUGUUCUGUAUCAACAGGGGUGCAGGACUAAAGCAUUUCGAUAUACUUCCCAUAUUCAGUAUUGAGGCUUGCUGCUGUAGCCAGUUCAGGAAGCGGGAGCCUGUGGAGAGCCGCUCAGAGACUUGCCCGAGGAUUAGAGCCCAUUAGGGGUUGUGGUUUCUAUUUUUCUUGUGCACCCGAAGACGUGCUCUGCAAAGCUUAGAAAAGAACCACCUGCAGCAGUGAACACCUUCUGUUCACCUGUUCCUAUUGAAUCUCACAGGAUCCUGUGUCCUUUUUUAAACUGUAACCCUUUUUUUGGAACAGAUGACAGUGUACAAUACAUUGUGGCAAAUGCUUAUUAAACAAACUUGUUCAAUCUU